GCUGAAAGCGCCGAGUCCUGGCUUUUGCAGCGUUGUGGUCGGUGGUCAUCCGCGCUCCUAUCAGGUUUCCGCGAGCCUUUUCCCUGCUGUCGCUGCUCUUGUCGCCGCCGCCUGCUCUCCGGGAUCAUGGUGUGCUUCCGCCUCGCCCCGGUUCCGGGCUCUGGGUUCCUUCUCCUCUGCCUCGUCCUGGGCGCUGUCUCGUCUUAUGCAUUGGAACUUAAUUUGACAGAUUCAUCAAACGGCACUUGCCUUUAUGCAAAAUGGCAGAUGAAUUUCACAAUACGCUAUGAGACCACAGACAAGCAUAAUAAAACUGUACCCAUUUCAGACCUUGGUGCUGCAACCUACAAUGGAAGCUUUUGUGGGGACGACCAGAAUGGUCCUAAAAUAGCGGUGCAGUUUGGGUCCGGUUUUUCCUGGAUUGUGAAUUUUACAAAAGAGGCAUCAUCUCCAUCUACUUAUUUAGUCGACACCAUCUCAUUUUCCUACAACACUAAUGAUAACAAAACAUUUCCUGAUGCGAAGGAAAAAGGGGUUUUUACUGUUAAUAACCGUGUGGCACUCAAGAUUCCAUUGAAUGACAUUUUUAGAUGCAAUAGUUUGUCAACCUUAGAAAACCAUGACGUUGUCCAGCACUAUUGGGAUGUUCAUGUACAAGCUUUUGUCCAGAAUGGCACAGUGAGCACAACAGAGUUUUUGUGUGAUAAAGAUAAAACUGUAACCACUGCCGUGCCCAUCGUUCCCACCACGGUGCCAUCUCCAACAAAACCAGUGGUCGGAUCCUAUUCAGUUGUAAAUAGCAAUGGUACCUGUCUUCUGGCUACCAUGGGGCUGCAGCUGAACAUUACUCAGGAUAAGGUUGCUUCAGUUUUUAAUAUCAAUCCCAACACAACCAACGCUACUGGCAGCUGCCAACCUCAGACUGCUCUGCUCAGGCUGAGCAGCAGCAACAUCAAGUAUCUCGACUUUGUCUUUGCUGUGAAAAAUGAAAACCGAUUCUAUCUGAAGGAGGUGAAUGUCAGCAUGAUUUUGGUUAAUGGCUCUGUUUACAGCAUUUCAAAUACCAAUCUCAGCUACUGGGAUGCUCCCCUGGGAAGUUCUUAUAUGUGCAACAAAGAGCAGACCGUUUCCGUGUCUGGAGCAUUUCAGAUAAAUACCUUUGAUCUAAGGGUUCAGCCUUUCAGUGUGACAGAAGGAAAGUAUUCUACUGCUGAAGAAUGUUCUGCUGACUCUGACCUCAACUUUCUUAUUCCUGUUGCAGUGGGUGUGGCCUUGGGCUUCCUUAUAAUUGUUGUCUUUAUCUCUUAUAUGAUUGGAAGAAGGAAAAGUCGUACUGGUUAUCAAUCUGUGUAAUCAAUUAAAUCUAGUAGGUUCUUUUAUUUUUAUUUUUUGGCUAUCAGAAGUUAUGUCUUCCAUUGGCUAAAAGCCAGGAAAUGCUGUGCAAUUGUUUGGGAUAUGCAGAUUAACCUCAGUGAGUUGCUAGCUAACUUGGGCAUGAGUAGCACUCUUAGGACCAAUUUCUGUUUUUUAUUUUUCUAUAUUUUGUUCCUUUGUAAAAGUGUAAUUGAAAGAAAAAUUGUGGCUUACAGUAUCUUUUUUAGUAAAUAAUGAUUUUAAGCCUCUGACUCCAAUUAUGAAAGCAUUGCUAUUGAAGGGUAAUUUUAUAUGUUGCAGUUACUUGUAUUUUGCCUCUUUGACAUUAUUUGCAAAAUCAAAGCUGUUGGAGAAUUUAACUUGCUUCAGAAAAUAAAUUCAAGAACAUAAUGGAAUUCAUUUUCAUUGGUGGCAAACAUAAAAUUUGGUUUGUCAUCAGACGUAGUUUUCCCAAGAUUAUUUAAAUCUUGAUUUUUCUGCUAGUUAGAAAGAAAGGAAUGUUUUCCCAAUAUUGUAUUUAAUAGCAAAAGUCUGGCUGUUUUCUUAAUUACGAUUAGUGGCUACUCUAUUUUAACAAGGACGUCUUUUUUUUCCUACUAGAGUUUGGAAUAUAUUGACUAUCUCAGACUUGCCAUUUAUGCUGAAGGUUGAAGUAAGAUCUACAACCCCUUUUAUUUUUAAGGUGUUCAUACCAAAUUUUUUUGCCGUACUGCACAACACAACACGCGUGAUCUUAGUUCUUCCACCAGGCAUUGAAUCCUUGACCCCUGCAGUGGAAGUGCAGGGUCUUAACCACUGGACCACCAGGGAAUUCCCUGGGUUAUUUUUUUUUUUUUAGAGUUAUGAAUUAGAAUUUUUUUUCCCCAUGGAGGCUUGCCUUGUUCAGAAAGUUACUUCAUCCUCCACUAAAAAAGAACAAGAUGAAGCUUUAUUUUGUGUGCCGUCUGCACUCUCUCGUCCCCUGUAUGAAUAAGUUCUAAUUGAUAAAUUUUUAAUGUGUUGGCUUCUUUUUCUUACAACAGCAAGUGCUAACUCUAGAAACUAGUGGGCCCUGAAGUAUCAUCAGUCAGAUGGCUGCCUGGCCAAAGCUGGACCAGGAAUAUUCUGUAAAUUUGUUGAUCUUGAUAACAGACUCGUAGGGACCUCUAAUGGCUCUGGCUGCUGGAGUCAGAUACUAGAGGCCUCUCCUCCCAGUGUCUGCUUGGUUGGCCAGGCUAUUGAAUCACCCUGUGAUUUGGAAGCACAGUGCUGUAUCUCGCUAGUGUGCAGCUUUGCACACAUGUGAUUUGCAUGAUUCCCAUGAAGGCAGAUGCUGAUUUUAUCAAGCUAUUUUCUCUCUAUGUAACUAAAAAACAAGCGUCUUCCAAAGAUCUGUCUUCGCUUUAAAAACUUUCUUGGAUUAAAAAAUUAGGCUUAAACCUUAAAUAAAGUUUGUUAUUAAACCCAAGGAUAAGAUCCCCAUCUACCUCUCAGCACAGUGCAGAUGCUCUCCACUGUAUUGCUGCCAUUAAGUGAUGCCAGAACUCUGCCAAUAAUUGGGACUGGAAACUUGCAUUUAAAAAAAAAAAAUCAUCAACAUCUUUCUUUACUAUCUUUAUAUGUGCACCUCAAAAGCAUAUAUUCCAAACUGGAGUAGAAAGUCAGAAUGCUCAACUACACUUCCCUUAGAACUUUCUAGUUCUGACUUGCAGACUUGAGCUCUCCUCGAUUUGCUAAGUAUAUAAAGAAUGUUUUAUUAAAAAAUUUUUGUGUGUGUGUGAAAACAGUUGAUUAGCUGUUAUUUAGUCAGAGUGAUGGCACCAUAAAGAACAAUGGCUUCGUUUCAAUAAAUAUUUUUGAGAUGAUUGUCUAAAAGCCAGGUUAUUUAAAUCAGCUUGUGACCUUGCCAGGUAUAUGGGUUGGAAAAUUCAGAUACAUUUAGAAGUAUGGGUUCAUUUAAAAGUUUUCUACCUGUUGGGUAGGAGACUAACAUCAUUAAUUCUUCAGUGAGUAUCAUGGUUUUAUCUUAGAUAAUUAGCAAACAUGUUUAAUUCUUGAGAAUUAAGAUUAAUUAAAAUAUAAAAUUAUCAGAUGGUUAGAACAAAAACUGCUUCAAUUCCAAUAAAAUACAGGAAGCCCCAAAUCUAUGAACUGAGUGUUCAAUAAGCUUUGCUCACUGGGUUCAUUUUUAUGUCAGUACAACAGUGGAUCAGGUAGUGGGGCUUUGAACUCAUGAAUAUAAAGAAUUAUUUUCACCUGAGCUGCUUGGGAAGAACUGAUGCUUGCUGCUACCUAAAGUUUUGGAUAUAUCAGUAUAGUGAACUAAUUAAUACCUACAAAAUAAAGCAUACUGUGGCACUCCUGUUUCAUCUGAUAUGUGUGAAUUUUAGAUCGGUGGAUGAAAAUAUAAUAAAGAUCAUUCAAUCUAUA